UUUGUUUCCUCAGCUCCUUUGACACAACAAUUUAGCGGGUUUAUGUUUAUCCAAACCUGAAUUAAAACGGAGCUCUACAGCUUAGUAGAAGGAUUUUCUCUUUUCUCUCUCACACACACGCGCGAUAUAUAUAACAUUAUAAUAUGUACCCGCAGCUACACAAAAAGCGUCUUUGUUCAUCACUUCACGUAAUCCACAAAAACCCGACGCUAAGGAAAACUACCUCUUUCAACCUCCGCAAUCGCGCAACGUUGUUUGGAGAAGAAUGUCGUACGACUACCUCUUCAAGUACAUCAUCAUCGGCGACACAGGUGUGGGGAAAUCGUGUUUGCUUCUGCAGUUCACGGAUAAGAGGUUCCAGCCGGUGCAUGAUCUCACAAUCGGAGUUGAAUUCGGUGCUCGGAUGGUUACUAUCGACGGCCGCCCGAUUAAGCUUCAGAUUUGGGAUACUGCCGGUCAAGAGUCGUUCAGAUCGAUCACUAGAUCAUAUUACAGAGGGGCAGCUGGUGCACUUUUGGUUUACGACAUCACCAGGAGGGAAACUUUUAAUCACCUAGCAAGCUGGCUUGAAGAUGCUCGGCAGCAUGCAAAUCCAAACAUGACAAUCAUACUUGUAGGAAAUAAAAGUGAUCUUGCUCAUAGGAGAGCAGUGAGCAAAGAGGAAGGAGAACAAUUUGCAAAAGAAAACGGACUUCUGUUCUUGGAGGCAUCUGCAAGAACAGCGCAAAAUGUAGAGGAGGCUUUCACUAACACAGCCACCAAGAUACUUCAGAAGAUUCAGGAAGGUGUUUUUGACGUGUCUAACGAGUCAUCUGGUAUCAAAGUCGGGUAUGGGCGAACCCAGGGUCCAGCAGGUGGAAGAGACGGAGCUGUAGCUCAACGAGGUGGAUGCUGCAGCUGAUUCUGGAUUCAACUAUUGUGCCUCUGUAAUAGGCUUCGUUGAAUAUCUGUGUCACGAAUCAUGAAAUAUUUCUAGUAGAACUGUACAGUCAGCCACGUAAAUGAACUAAUGAAACCAGCUGAUGCACUCUCCAAUACUUACUAUUAUCAUUCGACGUUGUUUCCAUCGAUAUGUAAUCUUGUAAUAUAUCAUUGUCAAUAUUAAGGUAUUUGUUGAAUUGAGGCUGCAA